AGUGCAUCCACACUUCUAGAAGAGAGGCAUUUCAAGAUCGAAAACGAACGUGUGGAACUUCUUGGCGGUCACAAACUUCUUCACCAUUCUAUCGGUCGCAUGUGGUUUUGACUUUCACUCUCGGUUCCUUAAUUCGGGAUUAUAACCGGACGGAGAAUUUCUGGAAACAAGGAUAAUGCGGGUGAUAGAUGUGAAUUUCAGUGGCGUAGGUUUUUCUCUGUCUAGGGUUGUGACUGGAAACUGUGUUGUUUUCGUAGGGUUUGUUUUGUUCUUGGUCUUUUCGCCAGAUGUAGCUGCCCAAAAAACGACAACAAAACCUGUAACUACCUCGAAGAAGCCUGAGACUGUCCAAGACCUCUUCAACACUUCAUCUUGCAUACCAAAACCCUAUGUGUGUCCCCAUAAACAAAUACAGUUUUACCUGUACACGAAGAGAACACAAAACAAACCAGAACUGCUGGAUACAACAAAACAAGAAUCCUUGUUUAAUUCAUAUUUUAAUCGAGCACAUCCCACUAAAAUUGUUGUCCAUGGAUUUGGAGGUGGCAGAAACCUGUCCCCCAGUACGGACAUGAGAGAAGCCUAUUUUUAUAGGGGAAAUUAUAAUAUUAUCAUAGUAGAUUAUGGUACUCUCGUCAGAGAACCCUGCCUCAAACAAAUGGAAUGGGCUCCCAGAUUCUGUGCCAAAUGUAUAGCCCAACUAGUCAGAUAUUUAUCCCAACAUCCUAGAGGUCUGAAAGCUGAUGAUAUUCACCUCAUUGGUUACAGUGUCGGAGCACACAUUUUAGGAUUGGUAGCAAAUUACGUUGAUCCAAUACUUGAUGGCAAACUUGGAAGGAUAACUGGUCUGGACCCAACAAUUGUCUUUUACAUGGGUUCGAAUAGAUCAAGAGACUUGGAUCAUACAGAUGCACAUUUCGUAGAUAUAAUACACACUGGUGCAGGGGUACUUGGACAAUGGGGACCAAAUGGCCAUGCUGAUUUCUAUGUGAAUGGAGGAUCUAGUCAACCUGGAUGUGCAAGCGAUACCGUGUUCAAAACACUGGCAUGUGACCACACCAAAGUAACUCCAUAUUUCAUCGAAUCUAUAGUAACCAAGAAAGGCUUCUAUGCUUACCCUUGCCCAUCUCUAUUCAGUUUUAUGGUUGGAUGGUGUGACCCAAAGGAUAAUGAGUAUGUCCUGAUGGGAGAGGAUGUAACACACAAAGCCAGAGGUGUUUACUAUUUAACUACAAACCCCUCACCACCUUUCGCUCAAGGUCAUCCGAAGAAAAACAAAAAUAGAAGAAGAAGUACGAGUAUAGUAGGUAGACUGUUUCAACGAAAGAGGAGAUGACCAUGUAAAUAAUUAUUGUUAUAACUAAUUGUAAAUAAAUUAUUUUAUUUAAACAAGG